CUGACUCUAACCUGAAAAUACAAAGACUGGAACGUCAAAGAUUCCAACAAAAGUUUCGCUACUGUAAAACUACUGUGUGGUUCACAGUGGUUCAUUGUUGACGUGAAGUGACGUAAAGUUAUGGUUCGAGCGAUAUUUUACACAUCGAAUAGUCUACAGAGAUGGCAAUGGAUUUUCCAAAGAGCCUAUUCGCAAGAAAAAUUUCCAAAAAUUACAACGCAUUACACGGUUGUACCCAGAGAAACAGAUUCGAGAUGGAAAGAUAUAAACAUGGAACGAUAUGUAGAUGAAACAGACAUCUUGAUCGUUGGAGGUGGUCCAGCUGGACUAUCAGCAGCGAUUCAAGCACGAAAGCUAGCAGAGACCUAUGGAAAAGAGCUUCGAGUUACACUUGUUGAGAAGGCUUCGACAAUGGGAGGUCACAUCCUCAGCGGAGCUUGUAUAGAUCCAAUUGCUCUAAACGAACUGUUCCCAAAUUGGAAGGAACUGGGUGCACCACUAAAAACUCCUGUUACCAAAGACAAAUUUGCAUUUCUCACUGAAAAGGGCAGGAUAACGAUACCAAUUAUGAAAGGAAUGCCGAUGUACAAUCAUGGAAACUAUGUAGUCAGAUUGGGCCAUGUUGUAGCUUGGCUUGGAGAGCAAGCCGAAGCAGCAGGGGUUGAGCUGUAUCCUGGAUACGCUGCAGCUGAAGUUCUCUACCACGAAGAUGGUUCCGUGAAAGGAAUAGCCACGAAUGAUGUUGGCAUCGCCAAGGAUGGUUCUCCGAAGGACAACUUUGAACGAGGAAUGGAACUCCAUGCAAAGUGCACAAUCUUUGCUGAAGGUUGUCAUGGACAUCUCACGAAACAGAUUUCGAAGAAACUAGACCUUCGAAAGGACUGCGAACCCCAGACUUAUGGCAUAGGAUUAAAGGAGAUCUGGGAAAUUGAUCCGAAGAAGCACAUGCCUGGCACGGUUGAGCAUACAAUUGGUUGGCCAUUGAAUAAGAACACUUACGGUGGUUCUUUCUUGUAUCAUCUCAAUGAAGACACACCACUUAUCGCCAUAGGUUUUGUUAUUGGAUUGGAUUAUUCUAAUCCUUACUUACACCCAUUUAAGGAGUUUCAAAGAUUCAAACAACAUCCCAGUAUUAGGCCUGUUCUUGAAGGAGGAAGCAGAGUAGCGUAUGGCGCAAGAGCUUUAGUAGAAGGGGGCUUUCAAUCCAUUCCUAAACUUCAAUUUCCUGGUGGAUGUCUUAUCGGUUGCACAGCAGGGUUUCUCAACGUUCCCAAAAUUAAAGGAACGCACAAUGCUAUGAAGAGUGGCAUGCUUGCAGCGGAGAGUGCUGUUGAGGCCAUAAUUGACUCAGAGACUAAUCCUUCGUCUACGAAAGGCAUAGAACCAAAGACUUAUACAGAUAAAGUAAAGAAUAGUUGGAUUUAUAAGGAAUUGAAAGCUGUGAGAAACAUGAGGCCAAGCUUCCAUACGAGCCUUGGUGUUUACGGAGGAUUGCUGUAUUCUGGUUUUUCUAUGUUACUUGGGGGAAGGGAGCCUUGGACUUUAUCUCAUGGUGGUCCAGAUUACAAAAGAUUAAAACAGGCAUCUGAAUGCACACCGAUAGAGUAUCCAAAACCUGAUAACGAAGUGUCCUUUGAUUUGUUAUCCUCUGUGGCUCUCACAGGGACAAAUCACGAAGCAGAUCAGCCUCCACAUCUUACAUUAGCUGACGAUACAAUCCCAGUUACAAGAAAUUUAAAGGAAUUUGCUGGUCCGGAAGGUCGAUUCUGUCCUGCCGGUGUUUAUGAAUUCGUACCGCUUGAAUCAGGAUCUGGGGAGAGAUUGCAAAUUAAUGCCCAAAACUGCAUUCAUUGUAAAACAUGUGAUAUAAAGGAUCCAAGUCAAAAUAUCAACUGGGUUGUUCCAGAAGGUGGAGGUGGCCCAGCUUACAAUGGAAUGUAAAUUUUGUUUGGAAACUGGUUUCUAUAACGUUAUACAUAUGCAAAUUAUAUUUUUUUACAAUAAUUGAAAUAUGUAUCUGUUGAGUGAAAGAUGUAGUAAGAUUGAAACUAUUUUUCUAUUGUAAAAUAUUAUACAAGAAAAUAUACACUCGAAUUGGUGCUGCGAAUAGGUAUAAAUAAUACUAAUUGGAAUUUGUAAUAUUUUUAUAUAUGAUUUGUUAUUGAAUUUAUAAAUAAUCUAUGCUGUCGAGAUAAAAAUAUUGAUAAUUGGAAUUUUUCAUAUUUUUAUAUAUGAUUCAUUAUUGAAUUUAUAAAUAAUCUAUGUAACUGUUGCGUGAAAAUUAUGAACAAUUUAUGAUGGUUAUUUAAAGGAAUGAAUAACUUCACUUUGCAAAGAAUGUACAGUAAGCCUAUGUUAACUCUGGCAAUUAUGAGGAAUAUAUCUUUACUCGUGAAAAAGAUAUUUUAUAGUAUACAAAUAUAGAAUAUAUUUAUUUUGCAAUUUUUAUUAUAUGCAAAACUUAAAAUACAGAAUACUUUUUUUGCAAAAU